GGGAAGAAUUUUUUGUUUAUUUUCGUGGGCAGCUAGCUAGCCGAAGAACGCGCUGUUGUUAGCUUACACGGCCUCAGCAUUUUUUUAAAAUAAAUUACAACAAGUCUAACAGAUAAAAUACCCCAAACUAACAUGAUAUUGUAACACUUCGCGUGGUAGCAGGUUUGGGUCCGGGUUACGUUUAGGAAGGUUAGCUUGUCCGUUAGUGUGAAGCUCAUGGACAUCUGUUAGCGUAGGUGCUAGCAAGCUAGUUGAUGCUAGACAGCGCGACGGCGUUUAGGUCGAUAAAAACACCCGAGUAUUGCUUUCUACCACUGGGACUAACGCUACUACACAGCCAAGUCACUAUUGGCGAACGUGAGCUGCAUUGGCUCCACAGUAAUUCCACCCUGCCACUUCUACUGGUAAAAGCGUAGAGGAUACAACUAGAAAGCCUCCCUAAGGUUGAAACCUAAGGAGCAAGAUGUCAAUCACGAACACUCCCACAAGUAACGAUGCCUGCCUGAGCAUUGUGCACAGCCUCAUGUGCCACCGACAGGGGGGAGAAAGCGAAAGCUUUGCGAAGCGAGCUAUCGAGAGUCUUGUCAAGAAGCUGAAGGAGAAGAAAGAUGAGCUGGAUUCCCUUAUUACGGCCAUCACUACGAAUGGAGCUCAUCCCAGCAAGUGUGUAACAAUACAGCGAACUUUGGAUGGACGCUUACAGGUUGCGGGGCGUAAAGGUUUCCCCCACGUUGUCUAUGCCAGACUGUGGCGAUGGCCCGAUCUACACAAGAAUGAGUUAAAACACGUGAAAUAUUGCCAGUAUGCCUUUGACCUGAAAUGUGACAAUGUUUGUGUCAACCCAUACCACUACGAGAGGGUCGUCUCUCCGGGAAUCGACUUAUCUGGACUGACCCUUUCAGGUUCAGGUCCACUCAUGGUAAAGGAUGAGUAUGACUACGAUAAUCCGCAAUCCCACUCCAGCACUGAAAGCCACCUGCAGACUAUCCAGCAUCCACCAUCGAGGCCGGGCCCACAGGAGACGUUCAGCAGCCCUGCUUUACUUCCCCCAUCGGAGGGCAGCAGUUCAGCCUCAACCUCUGCUUUCUCCACCAUUAGUGCUGGACCCUCAAGUGAGACAAUACACAUGGUCAACAAUCCUCCACCGAACUGGAGCAGAAACGGCAGCUUCACUCCUGCGGUGCCUCAACACCAGAAUGGGCACCUACAGCAUCAUCCUCCCAUGCCUCACACAGGGCAUUACUGGCCUGUCACCAAUGAAAUUGCAUUCCAGCCCCCCAUAUCCAAUCACCCUGCCCCAGAAUACUGGUGCUCCAUUGCAUACUUUGAGAUGGACGUCCAGGUCGGGGAGACGUUCAAGGUCCCAUCCACGUGUCCCAUAGUGACUGUGGACGGGUAUGUGGAUCCAUCUGGAGGGGAUCGCUUUUGCUUGGGUCAACUGAGCAACGUCCACAGGACAGAGAACAUAGAGAGAGCCAGGCUCCACAUUGGCAAAGGCGUGCAGCUGGAGUGUAAAGGUGAAGGAGACGUCUGGGUGCGCUGUUUGAGCGACCACGCGGUGUUCGUGCAGAGCUAUUAUCUGGACCGAGAGGCCGGACGUGCCCCGGGUGACGCCGUCCACAAGAUUUAUCCCAGCGCUUACAUCAAGGUGUUUGACCUGCGUCAGUGCCACAGGCAGAUGCAGCAGCAGGCGGCGACAGCUCAGGCAGCAGCUGCAGCUCAGGCAGCAGCAGUGGCUGGAAACAUUCCAGGGCCCGGCUCAGUGGGAGGCAUUGCCCCUGCCAUCAGUUUGUCUGCGGCUGCAGGCAUCGGGGUCGAUGACCUGCGCAGGCUGUGCAUCCUGCGGAUGAGCUUCGUGAAGGGAUGGGGGCCGGACUACCCGCGGCAAAGCAUCAAAGAGACGCCCUGCUGGAUCGAGAUCCAUUUACACCGAGCCCUACAGCUCCUGGAUGAAGUCCUGCACACCAUGCCCAUAGCCGACCCACAGCCUCUUGACUGAGUUAAAAGACCCGAACUGUACAUAAAAAUAAAAAAAAGAAAAGAAAGAAAAAAAAAAUGAAAUAAAGGAAAAAACUGACUAUUCUUUAACAGACCACUUCACCUGUAGGCCUGGAGCGCCAAAGGAGGACAACAAACCACAGGGAGUAGUUUGUAGGAGCAGGAACACGGACGUAAAGGCUGGCAGUAUACUCCAGACAGACUACUCACUCAAAGCCAGCGCCGCAGGCUGUUACCAGUUUACUGAGCGAGACUCCUGGUCUGUGAGUAAAGUGACAGCUGGAGGAACAUGUGAGUCACACUGGGAGGAGUCGUAGUACACUGGAAACAUGCAGCCAAGUGGACGCUGAUGAAAAAGGAAGCCAGUAUUCAGACAUUGUUUAAAUUGGAGCUGUUUGAAUAACUUUAAGUGAACAAUGUCUUUUUUUUUUUUUUUCUUUCCUAAAAACCCCCAAGUAUUUUUAAGAUGUGUAGAUUUCUCCAAACCGAAUGACAACCUUGCUUUUCUAAAUGGGGGAAAAAAAUGUAACGGUUUGGCUUCAAGACGGUUAGGCUGAGCACAAUCCAUUGGAAACCAGUUGUCUUGGAUGUCAGCUGGAGUAUACUGCCCGUCCAGUCCUCCUCCAUUGGUUUCUCCGCGGCUCAUCUGACUCCAUGCGAGCGGAGACGUGUCUCCUCUCGCAGAUCAUCAUGUUACUCAUGUUCUUGUAAAAUGUAAUCUUAAAUAUUUUCCAAUGCUGACGGUCCUUGUUCGAUGUUUUUUUUUUUUUUUUUGUUGGAUUUAUAUUCUCUUUUUGAAUUGUUUUUAAUGACACACAGAGCAUUUGAAAAGCCCAUUUUAGCUCAACCCCUGUAACUAACGUCCGUUAGUCCACCACCAGUCAAGGCUGUAACGAGUUUGAAAAAUUGUGUUUUUGUACUGAAAGUUUCCCUUAAUUUCAUUAACGGAUGAAAUAUUUAAAAACAAAAAUGAACAUAGACUAUAACAAACUUGCUUUAAUAUUAUGUUAUUGUCAUUUUUUUUUAAUCAUUAUUAUUAUUAGGUGCCCACAUAGUGUCCAUUAGCACUUUAAUAAUUUGUAUCUCGUCUUGUUUUGUAGUCUCAUUUGUGGUUACUUGUUGUAUCCAUAUAAUCUCUUAGCAUAGCUAAAAAGGUUUUCUUGCUAAUUACCUUUUUUCCACGGACAGUGUGGUUUUACUGUGCCCAAAAUCGAAAGGUGUAUUUAUCUGAAUCUUGGGAGACUUGAGACAUUCUGGGUCGCUUAAAGAUAUCUCACUACCACUCAUCAUUGUUUGAGGAUGACACGUUGUAGACAACAGCUGAGUAAGCGAGGAAUGAACUGUGAGAGGAAGUGUAAGCCAUACUGAUGCCAAAUAUACUAAGUGAGAAGGAUAUCAGACUGCAGUCAUUUCAGUAUUAAGUUGCUUGUAAAAGCUUGGUUUUAAUUACCUGACUGAUUUAGUUUUUUUGGUAUGUGGAGCUCGGUUUACAUACAGCUGUUGCAGUAUUUUCUACUCCUUUUGCUACCUUUAGUGAUACAGUGAUAAAACCAUCCAUGGUCGUAAUCAUGAAAGUUAUUCAAAAGAUGAAAAAUGCUGUACACGUUUCUGGAGAUCUGCAGUCACGCUCAUCUUAAUCUUUAAAAUCAUGUCAUACAAUCUGAAUACAUAUGGAGUUUGAAUGGUUAUUGGUGUUUAUAUGUAUGAAUAAAAUUUAAUGGGCUAA